ACAAGGUACUCCCUCACAUCACUUUAAUUAAUCUUUACCUUCCAAUCCAACCUUCUAAUGUCCAUUCCCAACGCAGAAAUUAGAAUCCCUCCAACGACGUCGUUUGAAAUUGGUAUUUUGGACACAAUUAUUUGGUCCUUCUCCUUGUUCCUGGUACUACAACCUCGGAAAACGCAAAACGGUACUCUUUUCUUUUCUCUCUCCUCUGGAUAAAGUUGAGAUUUCUCUACACUACAAUUUCAGGGGUUUAAUCUAAUCUUUUCUACCCAAUUUCUAAGAGGAAAAUUUGUCCCCACCGUGAUUCUCAACCACCCAUUGUUUAUUUCCAUUUUUGGCGUUUGGAUUCUCAGAAAAUUUACUAACAAAACCCAAAGCAUCAGCAUCAGCAUCAGCAUCAGCAUCAGCAUCAGCAGCUGAAAAAGAUAAAGCAAUAAAGAGGUCUCUUUCUCUUCAUUUUGCUUAACGACUUCUUCUUCCCCAGCUCAGCUCAGCUCCACCUUCGACCUUUCCCUUUCGACCGUUGUCGUUUCCGAGAAACCAAGCGUUUCACUUUAGGGAGGGAGGGAGGGACGGACACGCUUCUUCUUUUUUGCUUUUUCUUCCUAUCAUGUGCUUCCAUCGAGGUUUCUUCUUUGCUUCUGAGUGGUGAUGGUGUUUCAUUAACCCUGUUCCCUCUCUGUUUCUCACUUGCUAAUGGAGGAUUCGGCUAAGGUGCGGUUGGUGCGGUGCCCCAAGUGUGAAAAUCUCCUUCCUGAGCUCGCUGAUUACUCUGUUUAUCAAUGUGGUGGUUGCGGUGCUGUUCUUCGAGCGAAACAUAAAGGUUAUGUGAGUGGUAGCUUGUCAGAUGAGGGUAAGGUCGGAGGAGAUUCUUGCAGAUCAGAAGGUUCAUUGGUGAAAGGCUUAGUUGAUCCUGGUGAUACUUCAGGUGUUGUUGAUGCAAACUCGAGCAGCAGUGGUCCCUCGAAGGAUGAUAAUCCAAGUGAUAUGUAUAAAGCAGAUAACAGACAGGAGAGGAUUCUGAAUCAAUUGGAAGAUGCUGAUGAGAAUGGGGAUUUUGAGAAUGAUGUUGAUAUCAACAGAGACAGUGAUAGAAGGGGUAAAGCAGUAGGAAGAGAACAUGAGGAGGCCAAGACUCAAAUUGGUCAUGAAAAUGGGUCCAAAUUCUCUGGCAGAAAUUCUAAUUGGCAAAAUGGAGAGACAAGUGAGAUGGAGAGGUUUUGGAGAAAGCAACGAGCUGAUAUGGAAAGUGUGAGAUUUUCCACCAUGAAUUUGCAUGACGAGGGACCUUCAAAUGGCUAUUCCGGUUGUUCUAGCAACUAUAUGGAUCCGUGGUGGAACAAUAAAGAAACAAAUGGUGCGAACAAGGUUCAGCAUCUUGAGCAAGAUCGAGCUGAGCUUCUAAGGAAACUGGAUGAGUUAAAGGACCAGCUCGGUAAGUCUUCUGAAGUGGUGAAAAACCCAAAAGAAAAGGUUCUUCCUGAUGAAAGGGUGGUUCCUCCAGAUCCUCAUCCUUACGGUGGUCCUGAUCCUUGGUUUUCUGAUGGGUUGAACAGGACUUCAAGGCAAUUUUUCAGAACUGAUAAACAUAUGGCAGGUCCCCCUCAUUUCAAUUAUCAUCAUGAUCCAUACCUUUAUACAAGUGGUCAUGAAAUGCCUAUGCCCAACUUCCAUCCUUCAGUGCAUAAUCCGAAUCAAUAUGGGGAUCCUUUUGCAUCCCAAACGCUGAGGAGAGGUCCACAUCAGCUGCCCCAUCAGUUCCCGCAAUCCAUGCAUCCGUACUUUCCGGGAAGGUAUGUUGAUGCUAAUCUGGAUUCAUACGAACCAUAUGCACAUAAUGCGAUGCCUCACCCGCCUUCUUGCUCUUGUUUCCAUUGCUAUGACAACAAACGAAGGGGUACAGUACCGAUGCCGCCUGCUUCUUUCAUUAACAGCAGAUUUCCCGAUACCUCCAAUGAUCCUAUGUUGUAUCAUCGUGAAAUGCCAGGGGCAUUUGGUCCACAUGUUCAUAAUUCUAGAACUUCCAUUCCUCCUGUGCAUUUUCAUGAAAAACAAUUACAUACAAGAUGGCCUAGUGACUUCAACUCUGACAUUGGCGGUGUUGUUCGAAGCCGUCCUCGGAAUGUAAUGGUAGCUACUAGCAGCCGACGUUGUCGUCCUGUGGUUGGUGGUUCGCCUUUCAUCACAUGUCCUACUUGCUUUGAGUCGCUGCAACUGCCUAAAAAAGCAAUUGUUAUGGGGAAAAAUCAUCAGCAGAAAGUGCAAUGUGGGGCUUGUUCUUCUGAAAUAAGCUUUGCUCUCAUCAGUAAGAAGCUGGUUAUUUCUCCUCAUUCAGAAACGGAAAGAGUUCCCCCGAGAGGUGAUGAUAGCUCUAAUGAGGUUUUGAGUGGCCAUGUGUCACAUUCCCGGGGUCAUGUGAACAGGAGUGGUGCUAACUUCUCAUCUGAUGAUUAUUCUGGCUAUGAUUUUCUCUCAAUAGAUAAAGAACCUCUUUCACUGGUUGCUAUGAACUCUGACAAGUCCCAUGAGAUGCAGAACUUCCAUUCAUCUCCCAGUACCUCUGAAGAUGAAAAUAGUCCAGAAGUGAUGAUUGCUUCAAGGGAGGUUACUAAGUCCAUUCUUCAUCCAACUAAAGACUCUGUAUCUCCUCCUGCUGGUUCACCUCUGCAAGAGUAUUUUGAUUACAAUAGUAAUAGUCAUGCAGUAAAUCGGUUUGGAAAAGGCAACCGAAGUAGUCGCUCAGAGCAAGAGAAGGCAAAACUGGACAAGAUUACAUCACGCCAAAAUUCUUUGAAAGAGGCAGCGCUUGCAACUGAGAUGGAUGUCCAUGAUUAUUCUAACACUGGAGUCUCCCAGGAUUCUAGAGAUGCUAGCCAAGAUAACGGCCAUGCCAAAUCCAACAAAGGGGGUGAAUCAUUUUUUGCUAGCAUUAUCAAGAAAAGCUUCCGAGAUUUCUCCCGAUCUAACCAGACAGAUGGCCGUGGAAAAAUUGAUGUUACUGUAAAUGGGCAGCCCUUAUCAGACCGUGCGAUUAAGAAAGCUGAAAAGCUAGCUGGACCAAUCCAGCCUGGAAAUUAUUGGUAUGAUAUUCGAGCUGGAUUUUGGGGUGUCAUGGGUGGGCCUUGUCUUGGAAUAAUUCCACCAUUUAUAGAAGAGUUCAAUCACCCCAUGCCGGACAAAUGUUCUGGUGGGAGUACUGGUGUUUUUGUAAAUGGUAGAGAGCUUCACCAAAAAGAUUUGGAUUUGCUAUCUGGAAGAGGACUGCCCUCUGAUGGAGAUAGAUCUUAUAUCAUUGAGAUUUCUGGGAGAGUCCUGGACGAAGACACAGGAGAAGAGCUGGACUGCCUAGGCAAACUUGCACCUACAGUGGAGAAAGUGAAGCAUGGAUUCGGCAUGAAAGCGCCUAGAGCAGCUACUUGAGAAGGUGAAUUUUCUUCCAUCCUCCUGAAGAUUGGGAAACAUUAUUUGGGAUCUAAUCAUGGAGCGAGUCUGAAAAUGGCUGCAAGAUUACUCAAAAAGUUCUUCCAUCGCACAACAAAGUUAAAGUAAUUUUGUGCAUGGCUUGAAUUCAGAUUACACAUGAAAUGCGUUAAUUUCUUAUUUUAAUGUUACAAAAAAACUGCAUUAGAAAGUUGUGGUUGGCAUCAGGUAGUUUUAGGAAAAUUGAAGUGAUGUGUAAAAAAUUGUAAUUUAUUCCUUGAUCAGUUUGUAUUAGUUUAUGCAUUUCUAAGGAUUACUAACGUUGGUUGAAAAA